UGACUGCUGUUUCUGGUCAGUCUUGGCAGGUAGAAGUCUUAGCUCUGGAAAGACAGAAUCAACACCUCCAACAGGUUCUCUCACCCGAAUCUCAAGGAUUGGACUUCCAGCAGAGACUGAGCCAGCCAUCAUGAGUGAGAUAAAGGUUUUCAACACCCCGUGCCUUGAUCUUGAGUGUUUCCUGUCUGCCAAAGCUAAACUGAGGCAGGAGGGCCUCCUGGAUUCAGUCCUUAAGGCCAACCUGGAGUAUGCCAUCCAGGCGCUGGAGAGCAUGCCAGUGACCAAGCGAAGCAACGUCUCACUGCUGAUUGAGGGGGAGCGUCAGCUGGUCAAGUUCACCUCGGGGAACCCCGUCAUCCACUACACAGUCAAGCUAGGUGGCGGCAGCCCCGAACUGCACCAGAAGAUUUAUGUGGGAGCCAGGCUGAAUGCUUCCAACAUAUCCGCCUCCCACUUCGCCGGCCACCGCUGCCAGGAUGAGUUCGAGCCCUGCCUGGAGCAGGCCCAGAAGGCCGUGCGGGAGGGCGGCAUGGUCAAUGUGGAGCUGAGGGUCAUCUGCAACGAGCUGCAGCUGACCUACGUCACGCACCAGCCCAGCACCACCAUCACGGUCAGGCCGAAGUGCCGGAUCAGCCUGGGCCGCGCCCUGUCCCUGCAAAAGGCCCUGGAGGUCAAGACCUGGAUGGAGCAGAGGGGCAUGAUGGGAAAGGGCCUGCUGGCCUGCUUUCAACAUCUUCUCUCCAGCUACAGCCAGUACCAGGUGGAGAAUGCCAAGCUGGUCCUCCAGAGUGAAGGCCAGAUCAUCGAGCUCAUCAGCGGCCGGCCCGACUACCACAAUGUGCAGUUUUACAUAUUCGCCGACGCCAAUAACGAAAUCCAGAGCCAGAGGGUCCAAGACAUAGACCUGUGGGACUAUGACUAGAAUCAUCCAGGAUUCCCAGGAUAUAAAAAAUGAGUAUGGCUCUCUUACCACAGUGAGGCACAAACGAAAUCAGUAGAUCGCCUCAUUUCAUAAAAUGCUCUUUAUUCCUUUAUGCCAUCUCAGUUCAUUAAGGAGGUUUAUGCAUGCUUAAUAGCAAGUAUUAAAGCUUAUUAAUUAUACACAGUAGUGCAACUGCAGUGUUUUAUCAUUUUUUGAAUGUAUAUUUCUAUUUUUACAGGUUUAGAAGUAAUAUGACAGAGUCACCUGAGUAGCAUUAACCUAUAUUGCACUACAAUUACUGUUGCCGUUUUCUCGUGACUAUAACUUGUCUAUUUU